AAGGACAAAUAACAACGAGGGGAAAACCGAUGGAUCCGUAAUCAUGAACAAACAUCCAAACGCGUCCUAAAAUCGGUUCGUUGGGACUUGGGAAUUACUAUUCCGGAUUCUGAUCAACCCAAGAUCCGAACCCGCAUACAAAAAAGACGACUCGAUCUCGAAAUUUGACAGCGUCCGCCGCCAGUUGGUAGUUUCCAGAAGCAGUUUUUUGUUUGUUUUAUUUUUUUCGAACAAAGUCAUCAGCCUCACAAAGAGAUAAUUUUCAACUUGUUUUUUACUGAAAAAAACAAUGAGACGACACGUUGUUUGAGAGAUAUCGAGCUAUCGUUGGUUGACUUGGGUGGGAGCGUCCAUUCAAGUGCCGCACGGUCUAUCGCUUGUUGAGAGAAAGCUUAGCUCGUGACACGUGGUAUCAGAGCAUAGUGUGAAGUGCUAGAGAAUUGAAGAAAUGGCCACGAAUGGUGGUGUCAACCAUCAACAGAGAAUUGAGGAGCUUGAGGCUGCGGUGGCCGCUUUGAAAACUCAUGUGGUUACGAACGAUCGUCUGAGGGAGAUCGAGGCAACCCAGCGGGAGUUGUCCGAUACUCUACAUAGCUUGAGUGAAGAGGUUAGAGAUGCCUUGAAUGUCCUCCAGAAAGAGUUUGAGGAGCUCAGGGCCCAAGUGGGCGUCUUACAGGUGGCGGUGGCUAGAUCGAGUUCUAGCUCAGUGAAAAGGGGAAAAAGGGCCAAGGUGCCAAAGCCCCGAUGCUAUGAGGGGGCAAAAGAUGCCAAAGAGCUUGAGAAUUUCCUGUUUGACAUGGAGCAAUACUUUCGAGCUGUGUGUAUUGAAUCAGAGGAAGACAAGGUGGUAAUGGCAUCAAUGUACCUUGCGGGGAAUGCCAAGCUUUGGUGGCGUUCAAAAUUUGUAAAUGACGAAUGCCCUAUCAAAACUUGGGUGGACUUAAAGCAGGAAUUGAAAAACCAGUUCUUCCCUGAGAACGUAGAGUAUAUGGCCCGAAUGAAGCUUCGAGAGUUGGUGCAAACGGGAACAGUGCGGGAGUUUGUAAGGAGCUUUUCUACCAUAAUGUUGGACAUUAGAGACAUGUCUGAAAAAGACAAAAUGUUCUAUUUUCUUGAGGGCCUCAAACCGUGGGUCAGAACAGAACUACUUAGGCAAAAGGUGCAAGAUGUGGUCACGGCCAUGGCUGUAGCUGAACGCCUUCAUGACUACAAUGAUGGCUCUUCAAAACGGAAAAAUCCUCCAUUAGGUGGCAGUAACUCCAUCUUUGGGAGUGGUGGAAAGAUGGCCAGAGUGGACCGACCUUUCAGUGGGGGAUCAGAUAAGAGGCUCUUUGGUCAAGACAACACCCAACCCAGAGCAAACAACGCAACAAGUUUUAGGCCUAGCCAACCGUUAGCUUGUUUCCUAUGUAAGGGGCCACAUCGAGUGGCUGAGUGCCCGCAUAGAGGGGCCCUUAAUGCCUUGAGAGCCUCGUCCCAAGAUUCCGCAAAAACGCCCGAGACAGUCAAAGAAAUUGAAGAGGAAUCGGCCGGGAUGGGCUCCAUGCGGUUCCUAAAUGCCCUCCGUACCCAGCUUAACACGAUAAAGAGAGAACCGAAUAGAGGCUUGAUGUAUGUGGACUUGGUACUCAAUGAGAAGACCACAAGGGCUAUGGUUGAUACGGGUGCAACUGAUACUUUCAUCACACCCAAGGAAGCAAAAAGGUGUGGUCUCAAGGUGAACAAGGACUACGGGCAAAUGAAAGCGGUCAACUCACCAGCCUUCGCAAUCAGUGGAAGCUCUAAAAAUGUGAUGACCAAGUUGGGGCCAUGGGAAGGAAAGGUAGACAUCACAGUUUCCCCCAUGGAUGACUUUGAUGUUGUCAUCGGAUUGGACUUCAUGAUGUUGGCUCAGGCGAUACCAAUCCCCGCCGCUAGUUGUCUAUUGUUCUUAGGGGAGCAACCCUGUGUGGUGCCAGCCACAAUCUUGCCGAAAAAUGGAAAGAAGAUGAUCUCAGCACUACAAUUCAAGAAAGGGUGUGAAAAUGUGUAAAAACUAAGAAAUAAAUCAGUGUGAAAACUGAAUGUAUAUUGAAAAAUUGUUUAUUGAGAAUUAUAUAAGA